UAUCAAAGCUCAUCAACCCUGAUCACACAAAACAUUCCCAAUAAUCACAUCACCGCUGUAUUAAUCUGAGAUAAUCAGCCGAGACCGAUAACAUCAUCACCAUGGCCAAGAUUCCGAGAUCAUUCCGUCUGCUUGAAGAGCUGGAGAAGGGAGAGAAGGGGUUGGGAAACAGUAGCACCAGUUAUGGUCUCAAGAACCCCGAUGACCUCGAUAUGAAGGAGUGGAACGGGACCAUCCUCGGACCUCCUCACACCGCCCACGAGAACCGGAUCUACUCGCUCACCCUGUUGGCGGACGCCACCUACCCCGACGCACCCCCUCUGGUCAGGUUUGAGAGCAAGGUCAACCUGACCUGUGUUGAUGGACGAGGUAUCGUCAAUGUCGGAAAGCUCGCUGCACUUCAACCUUGGAGACGGGAGUACACGUUGGAAUCGGUCUUGACCGCCAUCUACCGUGAAAUGCAACACCCCAACAACAAGAAGACGCCCCAACCGGCAGAGGGUACCGAAUUCCCUCCUUUCGACCUGUCCUCUCUGGCCAAAGCCUGAUUGACUAGGAGAUCUCGGAUCACGUGACCGCUUUCCGAUAUCAUCGCGCGUCGCUCGAAAGA